AGUCGAGACAUUGUACCUCCACUGCAAAAUCCUUGUGUGAUUCCCAGCAUAAUCAAGUGGUCAAAUAGUAAUUUCCCGAAAUAUAUUGCAUUGUUUCCAUGAUGAUUAGAUAUAGGAUAUAGGCUAAUAAAACGACUGAUCAAUUGUUUUAAUCACACUUACUUUUUUCACUACGUAUAGAGCUAGUUCAAACUUCAAAGUGAUGCCUCACCGGAGAAAGAAUAAGAAAGUAACACGACGUAACUUGGGCAAACCAAGACAAUCAACAGGAGGCUGUGUUGACGAUCAUUUGAUCACAGAAUCCAACGAAAUGGAUAUUCAAAGUACUCAAACUGUUUCAGCUGGUGAUGAUUCCAAGAAUAAGAUCACAAUAAAUGAAGUGAAUAAGACUGAAACGAACAAGAAUGAAGAAAAUAAUAAAACGAAGGAACAUGAAACUACAGAUUGUUUGGUGCUACUCAUGAAAAUUGUUAAUAAAUUUCGAGUUGAAAACAAUACAUUUCUGGAUAUUAUGAAAAACAUUAUGUGUGUAACAGAUACGAAAGAUACGGCUUCCAAGAAAAUCAAAUAUGAUUUGAUCAAUACCAUGUUAGUGAUUUUAUCAGAAUCGAAUAUGCAGGAACUGACUUUCAUACAAAAUAAAGUCAAAGCUAUUUCCACUUCCAAACAAAUGUAUAAUUUGUAUGUAGAUGAUGAAGCCAUCGAACGCAAGGAAAUUUUGGUUGAUAUAGGCGUAAAAAAACUCGGUAAAACUGAUCUGGGACACCACUUAACUAUCCAAAAUAUUGGAAGAAUAUUGAUCGACGUCGCCUCAGGCAUGGAAUACAUUCAUGGUAAACGUUUUCUUCACAGAGAUUUGGCGAGCCAGAACAUAUUCAUAGAUGAUAAUAAAAGAUGCAAAAUUGGGGAUUUUGGUUCCUGUGUUUUUGUUGGAGAUUCGAAUGGUGUAUUUGAAGAAAAGAAAUUUAGACACCUAGGGUACAACAUAUCACCUGAAACACUGACAUCACAAUUGUUUACUAUGGAAUCCGAUGUCUGGUCCAUGGGAAUAUUAAUUUGGUUCAUAUUCAAUUCAUUAGCAAUUAAAAGUAGGAGUACGACGAUAAACUUUAUUCCUGGGUUCAUGGUUCAGCUAUAUAUCAAAGCUUUUCAAACGGGCCAAGACGAGUAAGUUGACAGAGCUCGUUCUUGUAGUAAAGGACUACCAUAGUCUAAGAUACGUUUGAUGAGACCCAGCCUGUGUUCCGAAACCCUGUUCUCCUACUGCAGAGAUCACUUGUUAAAUAGAAAACCGAAAGAACGCCCAAAUUUCACAGCUAUCAGGAAAAAAAUGGAGGAACUAUCAGACAAGAAGUAACAUUCGAUAUAUUUACCUCAAUAAUUGAAUACAUUUAAUUCUUGAGCCAUGAAUUUUAUUUUAAAUAUUCAAUUUCAUCUAUGUUAUUUAUAUGUCAUUUUUCGAGUUGGAUAGCUACAAAUAGCCUAGUUUUUUUCAUUUAUUUUCACCAGGUAUACUUAUACAUAAUAUAUAAAUAUAAAUAUAUAAGUCAUGAGGAACUGUACAGGUUGUCUCCGUAUAUUUUGACCCCAACCUAUUGCUUUAACUAUACAAGGUGAAAAAAACUCCAAAUAUGAAAAGUUUUAGGAUUUCAUUUGUACUAUCUUUUGGCACUCCUCAAACGAACAGAUGCGAAUCGCAAACUGAUCUCAACAGUUGUGAAAUAUAUUUUUCAUCUGUUAAGAAUAAAUAUAUAUCGUUGGCCAAUGUUUCCAAAGCCAUUUUUCACUUAUUUCUUAGCUUUGAAUCAAAGUUGUCAAUGAAAUUUAGAUGGCUGAGGACACUACAGAAAUGCCAUAUGGAAACAAACAAGCAUUUUUUGACAUUUCUGCCAGUUUUUCAAUUAGGUGAAAUGGAUUAUUCCGAAGAGGAAAAAUACGAAAUAGUAAGGUUAUGUUACGAAAAUAUUGCUAAAACUUCAGUAGUGCAGCAAGCAUUCAUUCGAAAACGGCCCAAGAAAACAUUAGCAAAAAAUAUAUAAAUAUUUGUGAACAGAAGAAACAUGUAUUUCACAACAGUUGAGAAUAUACAGUGUUCCGUUUUAUAAAACUGAUUUGGACUCCUUAUUCAUCAUUUUGUGAUUCGCAUUUGUUUAUUAAGGGAGUGCCAAAAGAUGAAAACCUACAACUUUCGAAUUUGACGUUUAUUUCCACCUCGUAUAGUUGAAGCUAUAGGUAGUGGUCAAAAUAGAACUAGACAUACUCCUAACCAACAGAAAAUGUAUUCUCCUCUUCUUCACUAUAGUUAGAAGGGUAUUGUGUGAUGCUGCAUUCUGAGAAAAUAUCAAGUUGUAUUUUCAUUUCAAAAAAUAUAUAUUUUCAG